GGAGCCCCCCUCCCCAGCGGCGCUCUCCCCCCGGGGCACAGCGGGCCUCCCUGAACCCCCCCCCGCGGGCUCAGAGCCCCCCGGAAGGGCGAAGGGCGGGCUCGGUCCCCGCUGUUGGCGAGGGAUGGGCACUGGCCCAGGGCCCCCUCAGCCCGAGCGCGCUCUCCGGGCAGCCUCCCUGCUCCGAGGCUGAGCCCUUGCCCGGGCUGAUGCCGGGCCCUUCGCGCCCCCGCCCGCUCUCCUCUGUCCAGGGUAGCCCGGUCCUGCGCUUGCCGGCCGCCCCGCUCCUGUAACCCGGGGGCCUGGCCCGGGGGAGGCCGGGAACGGACAGCGGGCCGGCCGGGGCUCGGAGGUGUGAGUGUGGGCAUCGGGGCAGCGGCUGCUCCCUCCAGCCAAGGUCCGGGCGCAUCCCUGCCCCCCUCCGCCGCGCGGAGCAUCCUGUAUUCUCCGAACCCUUGCCGCGCACAGCGCGGUGAGACGGUUGUCCGAGCCUUCCGGUGGAAAGUUGAGCCUGGGAAGCAGUGCAGUCUGCAACUUUAUGUCUCAUGAGAAAUGCUUGAAACACGUGAAGAUCCCGUGUACCUGUAUUGCUCCAAGUCUGGUCAGGGUUCCAGUUGCGCAUUGUUUUGGCACCCCAGGACACUACAAGAAGAAGUUCUGCAUUGUCUGUAGAAAGCCGCUAGAUUCCCCUGCGUUUCGCUGUGAAGUUUGUGAGCUGUAUGUGCAUGCCGACUGUGUCCCCUUUGCCUGCAGUGACUGCCGCCAGUGUCAUCAAGAUGGUCACCAGGACCACGACACAUACCAUCAUCACUGGAGGGAGGGCAAUCUCUCAUCAAAUGUCCGCUGCGAGGUAUGUAAGAAGACCUGUGGGUCCUCGGAAGUGCUGUCAGGCAUGCGGUGUGAAUGGUGUGGCAUUUUGGCUCAUACUGCCUGUUAUGCUGUUGUGACUCCUGAGUGCACGUUUGGCCGGCUGAAGAAUAUGAUUCUUCCCCCUAACUGUGUGCGUUUGUCCUCUCGAAAUUUCAGCAAAAUGCACUGCUUCCGGAUCUCAGAGAGCAUCCAUACGGAGCCAGAUGAUGUUGAUGAUGCUGUGGACGCUGGCCCAGCUCCAGGGUCAUUGAAAGAUGCCCAGGUUUCUACAGACUCCAGCAAACAGACCCUGAAGAUCUUUGAUGGAAACGAUGCUGUGAAACGUAACCAGUUUCGGCUGAUCACCAUUCCCAGGAUAGCAAAGACAGGGGAGGUUGUGGAGGCAGCUUUAAGGGCUUAUUACAUUAAUGAGGACCACCGAGACUUUGAGCUCCAGACGCUGGCUCAGCAGGCCAUGGCUGAUUGUGCAACUCACAAAAACGGAGGCCCAGAGGAUUUCGGUAGCACUAGCCUCCCUUAUGUAUUCAGAGAGUCCAUUCCCGAAGCCUGGAUCAUCCAUGCUAAGCCCAAGGAUCAUGAAGUUAUAAAAAUUUACCCAGCUUGGCUAAAGGUUGGAAUGGCUUAUGUCUCCAUCCGAAUUGACAAAGAAAGCACCGCUCAGACAGUGAUGAAAGAAGUCCUCCCGUUGCUGGGGCGACAGGCAGAAAGUCUCAAGAAUUUCCGAUUGGUGGAGGUGCUCAUGGGCAGUAAGCAAGUUCAACGAAUGACACUGACUGAUGAGGAAUUAAUUCUCAACAGACUUAGAGACAUCCGAAAGACUUCCAUACGUCAAAUGAACCAAACAAGAUUUUAUGUGGUAGAAAAUGAGGAUGCUACCACACAAGUGAGCCUGUUUGUUGGAGGCCUGCCCACCCAGCUCUCUGCUGAGGAAUACACUCAUAUCCUAAAGGAGAAUUUGGCUAUCAAAACAAAUUUAGUGACAGUAACUCAUGUUUACGCAAGUCAAGGGGCUGUUGUACUUGACAUCUCCUGUUUUUCGGAGGCGGAGAGAAUAUAUAUGCUCAUUAAGGAUACAGUGGUCCAGGAUAAGCAGCUGAUUGGAAUUGUGAUUCCUGAAGUGAUGCACACGAAGCUGCCCUCAAACUGCUGCCCACUCCUUGUGUUUGUGAACCCAAAAAGUGGAGGGCUGAAAGGUCGAGACUUGCUCUGCAGCUUCAGGAAGCUGCUGAAUCCUCAUCAGGUCUUUGAGCUCACCAAUGGAGGCCCUUUUCCUGGGUUUCACAUGUUCUCCCAAAUUCCCUGCUUCCGGGUCCUGGUGUGCGGUGGGGACGGCACAGUGGGCUGGGUGCUGGGAGCCCUGGAAGAUAUCCGGCACAAAUUGACAUGCCCAGAGCCUUCUGUGGCCAUCCUACCUCUGGGCACAGGUAAUGAUUUGGGCAGAGUGCUACGCUGGGGAGCAGGCUACAGUGGGGAGGACCCAUUCUCCAUUCUGGUAUCUGUGGAUGAAGCUGACCAUGUCCUCAUGGACCGAUGGACAAUUCUUCUGGAUGCUCAGGAUGUUGUCGAAAACACUGAGAAUGGGCUGGUUGAUCCAGAGCCCCCAAAGAUUGUACAGAUGAAUAAUUACUGUGGAAUCGGAAUCGAUGCAGAAUUGAGUUUGGACUUCCACCAUGCAAGAGAAGAGGAGCCAGGCAAAUUUACUAGCAGAUUCCACAACAAAGGAGUAUAUGUCAAAGUUGGGUUACAGAAGAUCAGUCAUACCAGGAACCUCCACAAGGAUAUCCGACUUCAGGUGGACCAGCAUGAUGUGGAAUUACCAAACAUCGAGGGGCUGAUCUUCAUCAACAUCCCCAGCUGGGGCUCUGGAGCAGAUCUCUGGGGGUCUGACAAUGAUUCUCGGUUUGAGAAGCCACGGAUUGAUGAUGGUCUGCUGGAGGUGGUUGGGGUGACAGGCGUUGUUCACAUGGGCCAAGUGCAGGGGGGAUUGCGUUCAGGAAUCCGAAUUGCUCAAGGUUCCUAUUUCCGAGUCACCCUCCUCAAGCCAAUCCCAGUACAAGUUGAUGGGGAGCCGUGGGUUCAGUCCCCAGGCCACAUGAUCAUUUCUGCUGCUGGACCAAAGGUUCACAUGUUGAAAAAGUCAAAGCAGAAGCCGAAAAAAGGAACAGGAAGCAUGAAGGAUACCAGAAUGGAGAGUUUCGGAGGCUUAGAAGGAGAGCUGAAAUAGAACAGGAUGUGGAGCCCUAGCCAGUGAAUGGCUCCCAGUGCACCCCAGGGCUGGGACAGAGAAUGGGAAAGGAAGGCUUGCUGAUAUUCCAUGCUCAUUGCUGCCCUUUCAUCAUGUUUCCCAUGUGUUAAAUCCCAUCUGCCCCUUGUGCUCUUAGCUUGGAAAUGUGUGCAUUUCAUGGCUUUUUAGGAACCUAUUCCUUCAUCUUGAGGUUUGCCAUAUAAAGAAGUUAGAAGAAGAAACAGAUUAGCCCCAGCAUAGGCUUGGGGACAAACUCACUUAUUGACUCCGCACCAGAAUCAAACCAUAAGCAUCUACUUAUCCAUUGAAUGUAAUUUCUGGCCCUUUUUUGUCAGGUCCUUAGGAUGCUCUUCCCAGACCAAUGGAAAAAAAAAAAAAAAGGCUUCUCAUGUACACAACUACUCCCAGGAAAACAAGAAUCAGAAAAGGUGUGGGCGUUGAUCUCCAUUACUAAGGCCAGACUCAUCUGGCAUCAAGCUGGCUUUUCAUUAAAUUCUUGGUUGUUGUGGGUGUUUACAGAAAACCUAAUGAGGCCUUCCACACAGUUUUAGCUUUGGUCACAUCCUGUCCAAAGCUGCAGUUUGGUAGUACAAGUUAUAUUAACAUAGCCAUUUUAUCCCAAUAUCUUUGAAGUGUUUGAUGGAGACAUUUAUGGGAUCAGUCAUAUUUAUUACAUUCCCCAUUCCCAAGUGCCAGACUUUGUUGUGGUGAGAAUCUGUGGUCAACGUGUACAUAUAUUCCUAACUGCUUGACAGAAGAUGUCAUCUCCAAUGGACACUCUAUACCUAUCUUUAAAUUAUGUACUUAAGGGUGCCAGAGACCCCCAGUGUGUAUACAGUAGUGCCAUUGAAUUAAAAUGAAUUUUAAAGAAAGAAAGUAAUCUAUGAAAAAAAUUUAGAAGGAAAAAGAGCAGAUUCAAUUGAGCAGAUAAAGGGUAAGGAGAUGGAUUUUUUUGUUGUUGUUUUCUUUG